AUGUUAUCCAUACAACAGCUUAAGCAGAAUUAUAAAUCCGAUCUUAAUGCUUUAGUGCAACGUGCCACCCAUGGCCUUACAAUUGCAGUAAAUGCGAGCUGUACAAUAAUUAUGAAAAAUCAUCCAAAUUAUAAAAACGUAUAUGUUUAUUCAACAGAUAUCGAUAAUUUUAAGUCAGAUGGAAUAUACGAACUAAUCCCACAAAUUCUUCCUGACUCAUUUCACGAAUUAAGAUCAAUCAAAUUAGAAAAGUUCGGAAAUAUUACCGGCACGCUUUAUGCUAACUCAAUGAGAAUACACAGCCCUCACGGAAAUUCCUUUGUAACCUGCAUUUCUGAAGCCAAAAUCGAUUCUUUUCCAGAAAAUAAUAUCAAAGAAAUUGAAGAAACAGUUAUAAAUUGUCGAUAUGACUUUUCCACUGUUCUUGAGCAUGUUAGCACUUUCUCACAAGAGGACAUUGAUCGGUUUAGGUCUUACAAGUUCUCAGUCGAAGUUCUGAACACAGAUUCCGUUUUUGAAUCGAUAUUCUCUUUCUUUUAUUCCAUUCUCAAAGAUACAGAUAUACCAGUUGAUUGGAAUGAAAUUAUUGCAUUUAUUGUUGAAGCACAGUCUCAUUAUAACAACGUUCCUUAUCAUAACUGGCGCCACGCUACAGAUGCAACACAGUUUGUUUUCUAUCUCAUUACUAUGCCACAUGUAGAGGAAAUGCUUCCACCUCUCGAUAGAUUUGCUUUACUUUUAAGUGUUAUUUGCCACGACCUUGAACAUAACGGCCAUACCAACGAUUAUCACAGAAAAGUGAAUUCUGAAUUUUCCCAAGAGGCUGGUCCAGAUCUCCCACCUCUUGAAAACCACCACCAAAAGCUAGCCAAAGUUUUGAUCCAAAAGCACCUCAAAUACACAUUAGAACAUCUUACGGAUGAGCAAAAAGAGAAUAUGUUCCGAUUUAUUACCGAAAUUAUCUUUUCCACCGACAUGGGCAAACAUAAAUUUUAUUUAGAAAAAAUCGUUGCAAAUAUUGGUAAAUUUGAUGGAUCUAUAGAAUUACGAAUACUUACAUGCCAAGCCAUUAUGAAGCUUGCUGAUCUUUCCAAUACAUGCCGUCCAUUUGAUGAUAGUUGCAAAAUGGCCAAGAGACUUAACGAUGAGUGGUUUAUUCAAGGCGACGAUGAGAAGAAGUUAGGCCUUCCGAUAUCAAAUGGUAUGGAUAGAGAUCACCCAACUCCGUUACCAAAAGGACAAAUUGGUUUUUACAAAUUCUGCACACAGCAACUCUUAGAAGCUGACCAGAAGUUCUUUGGUUGUUUCCAGGAUAUUGGAAACCAAUUCUUUUCUAAUCUUAGUACUUGGGAAAAAUUAGCAAGCGAACUUUAA